AUGGCCCCGUCUGUGGAAGCGAAAUCCAAGUCGGCUCAUCCUCCUCAAAUCCAAGAAAUCCACCUCAUCAAGAGCGCCCCGCCAGCCUCAUUGACUGGGAUAAUCAUCCUGCCGCCUUCUUAUCGAAGAAGACAAGGAGGAGACGAAUCAUCGUCGUCCAACUCGGACGAGACAAUGCUGGCGCAUAGCUCAUCAGUGCCAGAUUUGCGAGGGGAAGACAAGGGGUUGGACUUUGACGAGUCUGAGAACACCGCUCACCUUUCCCGUCGUCUGAGCACUAGUACCAGCUCACUAAACGUCAAAUUCGCCCCACUCCCCCAACUGGCGCCGCGAAAGCGCAAAUCGAAUGCCCCCCUUGGAAUUGCCUCUCGAGCGACAAUGAUGCGGCGACGGAGAGCUGGAACCCCUGGCUACGAUAUGAAUGGCGACCCGCUACCACCGACACCACCAAUGUGGACUGACGAAGAAAUGCAACGUCACGCCGAGCGGGUCAUGGCCGAACGCAAUGGCCAGCCUAUCCCGCGCGACUAUGCAGACGACCCGCUGCUCCAAUUGGGGCGCAAAAUGAAGAGUGCGUGGCGGAAGAUGAAUAACAAAAAGUCUCCGUCCAGUGACACCGAAAAGGGUGGCGAUGUACCAACUGUUGUCGCCGAGCGAGUCGUUCUGGCGCCAUUGCGGGCUGACAACACUAACAACACCGCGGCCACUGAAGAGGAGGGAGGGGUUUGGGAGGAAGAAGUCAGCAAUCAGUUCCCGCUCAAUGUUGGCCAAACAGACACUGUCGCUGAGGGCCAAUACCCGUGGUUAGCGCAAUUGGCUGGACUGUCAAACUCUCCAGUCGACGAGAAAUCCGAUCCAUCCCAACGACCCGGAACCCUCUACAUGACCAUGCCCGACGAAGAUGAGGAAGAAAACGAAUCCACCGUUCCUUCACAAGAAACCUCGACGACAUCGUCAUCUCGAACUUCAUCCAUAUCUGAUUCCCCCCCUCCUACUGCAGUACCACGAUCAUCAUAA